AUGCUAAAUAAAUUUACUUUUCAUAAAUCUUUCUCUGAUCCAAUUACGUCAGUAGCGUGUGCUUUACUCAGACUUGGAAAAGUCACCUUGAAGCGUUCAUCUUUUUAUGAAAAAGUUUUAAAACACUUAUUUAUGUUGGAAUUUAUGAAGCAAAAAAGAAAACUCCAAUACUUUUUUGGAAUGAAAGUCUUUGAAAUGAAACAGAGCAGAAAAAAACAGGGACGUCAAUUGCAUCCCAGAGCGACACGCAAACAAUGUGAGAUAAUUAUUGAAAAAGUUAUUGGUUUGUUGGUUUCUAAAUCAACACUUGAUAAAGACGACAAACCAGUUCACAGUGAACUAGUAAAAGUUGUUCGUGUGAUGGGUUUUACACAACUUCUACCUACUCUUCUUGUUACCACACAUCCAACAAACAACUCUACAUCGUGUCGGCUCGUGAUGAACAUCACCAGCUCAUCAUCAUCAUUAACUUAUUGGAUUUAUCAUCAAGUUCGUGAGUUUAUGGGCUUGGUAUUUAGUAUGAGUGUGCAAAGCAGCAAAAGGCACUCUCAAGAGAAGCAUAAGUAA